AUGCAAAUUUUGGGUCUGAGGCUUGCUGAUGGAGAGAAGAUUCCUUCUCUUGGUUUUAUUUAUGGCGAGCUCUUAGUGGCUAAGAAUUCUAUCAAAGAAACUACUGACCAUUUGGAGAAGAACUACCAGCCUAUUUUUAAGAUCAUUGAUGAGAAGAUGAAAGGUUGGUUGGAUUCUCCUUUGCAUAUGGCUGCUUACUUCCUCAAUCCAUUCUACUUCUACAAAGACCCCAAUAUUCAGUGUGACUUGGAGGUUAUAGACGGAUCCAUCACGUGUGUAGAGACAUUCUAUCAUGGUGAUUUUGAAAAGCAAGGUUUAGUUGUCAAUCAUGAAGUUAAUCUAUACAAGAACAGAAAUGGCUCUUUUGGUAGAAACUUGGCAAUGACAGGCUGGAAUUGGUGGUCGACGUAUGGAUGUGGUACACCACAUCUGCAGAAGUUAGCAAAAAGGAUCCUUGCUUGGACAUCUAGUUCCUCUGGCUGUGAAAGAAACUGGAGCAGCUUUGAAGCGAUACACAAAAAAAGGCUAGAUGUGAAUAGGCUAAACAGUCUAGUCUAUGUCCAAUUAAAUGCAAGAUUGUUUAACAAACACCAAAAGAUAAGAGAAAACAAUGUUGAUGUCAUCUUCGAUGAUGGUAAUGAAGACACUGUUGGAGAUUGGCUUGUGGAGCAUGUAGAAGAAAUGGACAGUGAUGUUAAUUUUGUGCUUACCACCCAAGCCCCAAGAGUAAGAGAUCUAUAUGAUGAUGAUUUUGAAUCAGAAGAUGAAGAUAUUGUGGACAUGAAGUUUGAAUCUGAUGUCUUCCAAGAAGAUCCUAUCUUUCAUGAUUCUCAGCCUCUUCAGUAG